AUGCGUGUUCAACUUCAAAAUGAUCCAUUAGCGUCAAGAUUCUCCGAGCAACUGUUAGACAUUGGCAAUGAUAAAAUUCAAUUGUAUGAAGAUACACAAUAUAUUCGACUCCCACAGAAUUUUUGCAACAUUGUGCCUACCAAGGAGGAGUUAAUAAAAAGUAUCUUUCCAGAUUUGCCACAAAAUUAUACUAAUCAUGUAUGGCUUAGUGAGCGAGCUAUUUUAGCCGCAAAAGAUUUAGAUGUUGACGCAAUUAAUUUUAAAGUACAACAUUCAUUGCCUGGUAGUGAAAUUACAUUCAAAUCGAUUGACAUUGUUGUUGAUCCUGAUGAAGUUGUCAACUAUUCUGCCGAGUUUUUAAAUUCACUGGAUUUACCUGAAAUGCCACCCCAUAAUUUGCGAUUGAAGAUUGGUUCACCUAUAAUUUUGCUUAGAAAUUUGAAUGCUCCAAAAUUAUGUAAUGGCACGCGACUGGUCAUCAAAAAAAUCAUGGGUAACAUUUUGGAAGCCUCUAUUUUAAGUGGAAAAUUUCAAGGUGAAGUUGUACUUCUACCGCGGAUCCAGAUGAUUCCUUCAGAUUCGCCUAUACCAUUCAAACGUUUGCAAUUUCCAAUCCGCUUAGCAUUUGCUAUGACUAUUAAUAAGUCACAAGGUCAAACAAUGACAAUUUGUGGCUUAGAUUUAGAAAACCCGUGCUUUUCUCACGGUCAAUUAUAUGGUGGGUGUUCCAGAGUUGGAAAACCCUCGAAUUUGUUUGUGUAUGCUCCUGAAGGAUUAACCGAAAAUAUUGUACAUCUAAUGGCAUUACAAUAA